AUGCUGGACUUGUAUGAACGAGACAAGACGGGGGUUCUGGAGCUCAACGUUGAGCCUGGAUACUCGGGUCCUACUCCCCUAGCCUCUCGGCCAGAUCGAAACUUUACGACUAUCAACGCCGUGCUCUACUACCCCUUCUCCCGAGGUAGGACCCACAUCGUGUCAAACCACCCAGGGACACCUCCACUGCCUGACCCCAACUAUUGGGCGCACCCUCUCGAUGUUGCGGGGCAUGUAGCCGGGAUGCAGCUUAGCCGACGCAGAGUUCGAACCUGGGAUGGAUAUUGGAUUGACGACGACACUGGUGUUGAACAGUGGGCUCGAGGUGUGGUUGCGAGUGAUAAUCACGAGGUUGGGUCGAUGUCGAUGAUGCCCAUGGAAUUGGGGGGCGUGGUGGAUAAUGAUUUCAAGGUCUAUGGAAUCGGGAAUGUGAGGGUCGUGGACGCGAGCGUUAUUCCGAUGCCCAUUAGCGCUCAUACAAUGUCGACUGUGUACAUGAUCGGUGAAAUGAUCCCACCUGAGCUUAUCAUCACGUCCUCGAAGGCUGCGGACAUCAUCCUGAGAGGACUAUAG